AUGGCCUCCGCGAAGCAGCAGCCACCAUUCCGUGCCGAGCACAUUGGCUCACUCCUAAGGCCGGACGACCUGCUCGAGGCCCGUGCUGCUAUUCGUGAUGAGGGAAAAACUCCCGAGCAGGCAAAUCUAGAGAGCAUUGAGAAAAGAGCGGUUGCAGACAUUGUGAAAACUCAGAUCGAUUGCGGACUGCGUGCAGUAUCAUGCGGCGAGUAUACACGAACUCGGUUCUGGGGGCUGUUCUGGGAUGAAUUGCACGGCACUACGCGCCUGCAGGAUGCAGAGGCUUCGAUGUUCCGGUUGUACCAUCCUGAUGUUGUAUCCCUGAUCGAGAAGGACCGGAAGGUCAUGCCCGGAGACUCUGUGAUUGCUGGCUCAAAGAUCGAGAACCGGGGUACUAAGGAGAAUCUGCACGAGCUUCAGCUGGUUCAAGCCAAUGUACCCAAGGAACGGUGGGGUGACAUCAAACUCACCAUGAUCACUCCAGCCUGGUUCCAUAUGCGUUACAAGCAAGGGCAGGCAUAUACACCGGAGGCAUACAAGAAUGAUGCCGAGUAUUUCACUGAUGUCGCAAAGGCCUACAAUGUCGAGCUACAAAACCUUUACGAUGCUGGACUACGCAACGUGCAGUUCGAUGACCCUGGGCUGGCAUACUUCUGCAGUGAUGUAUGGAGAAAUGGCUUCGCUGAGGAUAAGGACAACAUUGGUACGGUCGAUGAGCUACUGGCUGCAUACAUCAAACUCUACAACGACUGCGUCGCCGGACUACCAAAGGACCUCCAUACUGGAGUACACCUGUGCAGAGGUAACUUCAUCGGCGGUCGACACUUCGCGAGCGGUGCAUACGACAUUAUUGCGAAACAGCUUUUCCAGGAUCUCAAUGUCGACACGUUCUACCUCGAGUAUGACACAGAUCGAGCUGGAGGAUUUGAGCCGCUCAAAUUCUUGCCAAAGAACAAGAAUGUGAUCAUUGGCGCCAUCAGCACCAAGCUACGAGAUCUCGAGGACAAGAAAACGAUCAUCGACCGAAUCAACAAGGCUGCAGACUUCGUCGCUGAGGGUAGCGGGCAGUCACGGGAGCAGGCCCUGAAGCAGUUGGGCAUCUCCCCUCAGUGUGGCUUCAGUACUCAUGAGACAGGCUACCCGCUCAGCCACGAUGACCAGAAGGCGAAGUUGAAGCUGUGCCGCGAGAUCGCUGAUGAGGUUUGGGGCGAGCCAUGA